GCUGAAGCUCGAGUGUAACGUUGAUAUUCUUGCCGAUCGCGCUUCAGCACGAGGAAAUGGCCUGGUCCCUCGCCCUCGUCGCGCUCAGCGCAUUUGCGUUAGUAUCCAGCGUUAUGGGCCACGGCGGUGGUCUUCACGACUGGACUUUCUUGCCGGAGCCGUCUCCAGGCCGAGAGUUCAUUCGGCACGAGGUCGCAAGCUGCUCACGCUUCGUGCCAGUGCCAGACUCGGCGAACCUCGGCCCCCUCCCCGCGUUUCCGUCGCCGGCCUCGUCUAUCCAGGUUGUCUCCGGCAGUGCUUCCAUUUUCUACUUCCUUGACGGCAACUGCACGGACCGCGCCACCACCAGCAUUGACAUGGACGUGAACAUCACACUCAACGGCCAGCCGUACGCGGGACGCCAGAUCAACGGCUACGGCUUCAUCGGCAACUGCUCCAACCCAAUCGACCUGUACCGACACAAUGCCAGCCGCGGCGACGACCGCUUCAACAUGGUCUGGUUCAAGAAGGAGAACUCCAACACCACCGAGGACGGCAACCUGUUCGGUGCGGCUCCCAACGUGUUUAUCAGCCGCGUGCCGCCCGCCGCCGACGCCCUUCGCUCCCUGGUGCUGUACCCCUCGCCCGCGGACAGCGUGCCGAUCUGCUGUGACCUGGUCUACAACCCCCCGCCCCCCGCCGACUUCUUCACCCAGGGCACGUUCUGCCGUACCCCCGCCCCGCCGCCGCCCAGCCCUCCCUCGCCCCCCAACUCUCCGCCACCCGCCACCCGCCGCGCGUCGCCCCCGCCCCGCCGCACCCCUCCCCGCAAGCAGCUGCCCAAGUAAAUGGUCAGUCAACAUUACGCCGUGGGCACCUAGCAACUCAGCAGUAAAGCACUUGGCGGUUGCACGAGCUGUGCGGGAUCGGAGGCAGGUCAACGGCUCCCCACGGCUGUGUGGUGCUGCAGCCUGACUCCCGCAUUGCGCCCGCCAUGUGGGGGUUGGCCAAGGUUGUUGUUGGCGGGCUAUUUAAGUCGUUCUCUGUCCUGGGCACCAGAUCGUGUCAGCACUGAGGUUGGUUAGGGAUGACCGGGAGAGUCGAAGGGGCAAUUGCCCUUGGGUUGGGUUAGUGCCCGAGCCAGUUACUGUAUCCAAAGCAUACCAAAAUUCAAGUGCAUGUGUGGGCCUAACUCGCAUGCCACAUGCCUCGAGAAUGCUUCCUUUGCUUAGGCUGCGGUGCGGUCUCUCACACUAGCGGACGUUUGUGCACCAGAGGCCCUGCUCACGUUAACAUUAGCAAGCUUCUUCAGGACUGUUAAAAGCGUGGAAUACUGAAUAGUUCGGAGGACCCACCCACCAUGGGUUGUGGAUGCCUAGGUUUCGUGUUCGGCUGUGUCAGGCGCAGGAGAGUGAUCUGCCAGGGGUAUCGGCAUGGCAAGCGCACCUUGGAGGCUCUCCCCCUGGAGGGAGAGGAUGGAAAGGCCGAGCAUGGGAGGUCGGCUAGGCGUGGUGGUGAUAUGUUAAUGACAUUUGUGAUGACACGUAAUUUGCGUUGCACAUCAACGGAAUGAACUGCGAGCUUAUCGCCUGGAACUGGAUUGUCACAGCCGCAUGCUGUGAACAGUCGUGUGAUUGUUGCAUGCGUAAACACUAUUGUGUCGAAUGUGUUAUUGUGCGCUGCAACUGGUGUUCGCGUACGGCAUAUAGCAGCUUGCAAGUUAUUUGACAUGGUCAGGUUGCGACAUGUGGACAUGUGAAUUGCGACAUACGACAUUGCGACAUAAUGCACAUACCGCCCAAACGCAUCCAAACCCGCCAAACAUAUUGUGUAUGCAUUCAAUAUGCCUCUGGUAAGCGUGGAACGCCGUGGCACACAACAAAACGUGUCUCGGUUGCCACGGUGGUGGUGGCGUGGCGUAGGGUGCGGCCAGUGGGAGGAGCUUGUCGCUACGCUAGCGCAAUACACCGCCGCAAAGCUGGGAGAUGUUACUUAAAUGAGCUCCAGGACGCGUAGCUAUGCAAAUGUGGGCGAGUCUUGGUAUGUCGCAAUGUUGUAUGUCGCAUUUCACAUGUCGACAUGUCGCAACCUGACCAUGUCAAAUAAUGUGCACACAGCCAUAUGUGUGUGUGUGUGUGUGAUCAAGGGGGAAAUUCGCUUGUGCGUGUUCGUGUGUGCGCACGUGUGUGGAGCAUUACGGCUACGGGAAUUACGGGAAUUAUGAGACCCUGAGGGGCGGAUUCAUGCAGGCGCGGUAAGACAUCCUACGGUAGAAUGAGUAGUAGCGCCAAUGGCUGUGGCCUUGCGGCCCCAUGCGGACUCACAAAUCCACACUGAUUUCGGUGUUUGACCAGCUAGACCGCUCAUAUGCUUUGCCAUCAGGAACUACUAAAUGCAGGACUCCAUAAUAAUGCUGCACAUUAUCGGGAAUACGCCACCCUACCCCUCACCUGUCCCAUCGGAUUAUUAAUCCUGUGUCACUGCAUUUACAUGUGGACCUACCGAUGACCUAGGCGCAGGGGCGGGAGGGACGCACCAGCCAACACGCACGGCGUGGGCACAUGCGCGCCACCCCUUGCGCACGUCCGCAGCCGUCCCUGGAUUUUCCAUGCCUGCCUACACAUGCACUGUGCAGCCUGAUGACAAAGCGCAACAUCGGCAGGGGGGUUAAGAAUGUCGUAGGCAUACCCCACCCUUCAAAUUGAAAGAGCUCGACGAGAGCCUUCAGACUCCGCUUUCAGAGCUUUGAUCAGGAUAGUAAUUGCGCAGAUAUGGGCCCCCAAAGUUCAGGGUCGGUCGUCGGUCCUGGGCAAUAAUAUUAAUGUUACUCCCUGCGUGACAGGGCGUGCUCUGAGGAGGCAGGGGCAUGAGGGCAUGAGAGACCACCACAUAAGUGGUCUCCGCCACUGGGCCCCUGUCCCCCAAGGAGAGUGGGUAGGCUGGCAGCGCGCCUAGGCGCGCUGGGCCUGGUGCCUGGUCCCACUCUCACAGCGGGGCGUGCUUUGUUAAGGUAGGCGUCCUGGCCAUGGGUGACUGCAGAGUUCUCGGUUGGUCC